CAGAAACCCCCACCAAAUCUAGGCGGUGAGGGAGCUCUUCCCAUUCCGCGUUAGUGCAGUCACGUCGCGCUCCCUCCUUAAUGGCCCUGUAUCCCAACGCGUCUCCUACUAGGUAUGUAGCUAUGCUGAAUCCCUCUCAUUUUCUGACCUCAAGUUCCACUUUACACUGCAGCAACGAAGCAUAUCUACCCCUAAGAUUGGUAACGGAACUGAUUGAAAGAGAACUCAAAGUUUAGCAAUUGUAUGGUCGAAUAGCAAAAUGUCCUCCCGGCCUGAAUUGAAGGUCGACGAUGAACAUGGAUUCAUUCGCUUCUUCAAGUCUCUUCCCACUGUCUCGGACGACACUGUCCGAGUUUUCGACCGGGGCGACUGGUACACGGCCCAUGGAGACGAUGCCAAUUUCAUUGCCAGAACAGUCUACAAGACCACAUCGGUGGUACGGCAACUAGGACGGAGCGACCAUACCGGCUUGGCCUCUGUUACCAUGACGAUCACCGUUUUCAGACAAUUCCUUCGGGAAGCGCUCUUCAAACUUGGGAAGCGAGUCGAGAUCUGGGCGAGUACCGGAGGUCGGAUGAAUUGGAAGAUCGUCAAGCAAGCUUCCCCCGGAAACCUACAAGACGUGGAGGACGAACUCGGUGGCCAAUUCGAGGCUGCGCCCAUGAUUCUCGCAGUGAAGAUCUCGGCCAAGGCAAGCGAGGCGAGGGGCGUUGGUGUGUGCUUUGCCGACGCCAGCGUCCGAGAGCUUGGUGUCAGCGAAUUCCUCGACAAUGAUCUAUAUUCGAACUUCGAGUCGCUGUUGAUCCAACUCGGGGUCAAGGAGUGCCUCAUCCAGAUCGACAAGGCGGAAAAGGACAAGGACCCGGAACUGGCCAAGCUCAGGCAGAUCAUUGGCAACUGUGGAGUGGCGAUAUCAGAAAGGCCUGCUGGCGAGUUUGGCACCAAGGACAUUGAACAGGACUUGUCGAGGUUGCUCAAAGACGAACGAUCGACGGCAAUCCUCCCGCAGACGGAUCUCAAGCUUGCAAUGGGCUCUGCUGCGGCUCUUAUCAAGUACCUCGGUGUUCUCCACGACGCCUCGAAUUUCGGCCAGUACCAGCUGUACCAGCAUGAUUUGACGCAAUUCAUGAAACUGGAUGCAGCUGCGCUGAAAGCACUCAACCUGAUGCCCACUGUCAGGGAUGGUGCCAAGACCAUGAGCCUGUACGGCCUUCUCAACCACUGCAAGACUCCAGUGGGGAGCAGGUUGUUGGCACAAUGGUUGAAGCAGCCCCUGAUGAACAAAGACGAGAUCGAGAAGCGGCAGCAACUUGUCGAGGCUUUCGUUAACGACACCGAGUUGCGGCAGACCAUGCAGGAAGAACAUCUUAGAUCGGUUCCCGACCUCUAUCGACUGGCCAAGCGCUUCCAGCGUAGCAAGGCCAACCUGGAGGAUGUUGUUAGGGCAUACCAGGUUGUCAUUCGGCUUCCGGGUUUUCUUGGUACACUCGAAGGUGUAAUGGAUGAGAUCUACCGCGACCCUCUCGACGAGGCAUACACCACCAAGCUUCGCGAGUUGUCCGACAGCUUGGUCAAGCUGCAGGAGAUGGUCGAGACAACAGUGGAUCUCGAUGCACUCGACAACCACGAGUUCAUCAUCAAGCCAGAAUUUGACGACGGCCUGAGGAUUAUUCGGAAGAAACUCGACAGGUUGCGAUCAGACAUGGACAAGGAGUACGCAAAUGCAGCUAGCGAUCUUGGCCAGGAGCAGGACAAGAAGAUCUUCCUUGAGAAUCACAAGGUACACGGCUGGUGUAUGCGACUGACAAGAACCGAAGCUGGUUGCAUUCGGAACAAGUCGAAAUAUCAGGAAUGCUCUACGCAAAAGAACGGUGUCUACUUCACCACCAAGACUCUCCAGACUCUCCGCCGCGAAUUCGACCAACUGUCUCAGAAUUACAACAGGACCCAGAGCAGCCUGGUGAGCGAGGUUGUCGGCGUCGCAGCGUCUUACUGCCCUGUCCUUGAACGGCUCGCCGGAGUUCUCGCACACCUGGACGUCAUCGUCUCCUUGGCACACUGCUCCGCUAACGCGCCCACCUCAUAUGUUCGCCCCAAGAUUCAUCCUCGGGGCGAGGGGAAGACUAUCCUGACAGAGGCUCGUCACCCUUGUAUGGAGAUGCAAGACGACGUCCAGUUCAUCACCAACGACGUCGAACUCACCCGGGACAAGUCAUCCUUCCUCAUAAUCACCGGUCCCAACAUGGGCGGAAAGUCGACCUACAUACGCCAAAUAGGCGUCAUUGCUCUCAUGGCCCAGAUCGGAUGCUUCGUGCCCUGCUCGGAGGCGGAGCUGACCAUCUUCGACUCCAUCCUGGCCCGCGUCGGGGCCAGCGACUCGCAGCUCAAGGGCGUCUCGACCUUCAUGGCCGAGAUGCUCGAGACGGCCAACAUCCUCAAGUCGGCGACGGCCGAGUCCCUCAUCAUCAUCGACGAGCUCGGCCGCGGCACGUCCACGUACGACGGCUUCGGGCUCGCCUGGGCCAUCUCGGAGCACAUCGUCAAGGAGAUCGGCUGCUUCGCCCUGUUCGCGACGCACUUCCACGAGCUCACGGCGCUGGCCGACCAGCACGCCCAGGUCCGCAACCUGCACGUCACCGCCCACAUCGGCGGUACGGGGCGGAAGCCCGAGGCCGAGGCGGAUGAGAAGCGCGAGGUCACGCUGCUUUACAAGGUCGAGCCGGGGAUCUGCGACCAGAGCUUCGGGAUCCACGUCGCGGAGCUGGUGCGCUUCCCGGACAAGGUGGUUCGCAUGGCCAAGAGGAAGGCCGACGAGCUGGAGGACUUUACGAGCAAGCAUGACGAGAGCGACCUGAGCAAACAAUACAGCAAGCAGGAUGUGGAGGAAGGGAGCGCCUUGCUGAAGGACAUGCUCGUCAAGUGGAAGGACCAAGUCAAGGGCGGGGAAAUGACCAAGGAGGAGAUGGUUGCUAAGAUGAAGGAGCUUGUCCAGGGGGAUGCGCGGUUGUUGGCGAACCCGUUCUUCCAGAGCGUCAAGAGUUUGUAAGAUGGCUGAAAUAAUAUGCUCUGGUAUUGUACGGGGUAGGUAAGUUACUAUAGAACGGUCUCAAGGCCUGAAGAUCUCGGGCUGCCUUCCAUGGGGAGAUUUAAACAGGUCGCUGGCGUCGGGGGUUUCGGACAUUUCGGGAUUUAGUCUAAUGGUCGGAAUGACAAUAGCAACAGCAUGCGAAACAAGGCAUCACUCUAAAUAUUGCUCAUUGAGGACAUCAAUCAUGGUGAGAAUAGGGCAGCGUAAUGGAUG